GAAACAAUAAUUUGAUGUAAUAUCAAACAAUUACUUUAUUAUACCAAGUACGAAAUGAAAAAGUUUUUGACUAGUUUUGUAAGUGAUAUUUCUUAAUUAUGAAGUGAUUGAAUAAGUAUAUAAAAUAAGAUAAUAAUAGUCCUUGGCAAUCUGUUGUUUUAUUGGUGGCAAGUGCUUCAUAACGUUUGAUUGAUUAUAGUAAAGAAGGACACUAGCGGUUAGCAAACGCUUUGGAACUGUCACUGAAACGUUACAUUGUCACACCCAAUCGAUCAAUAUGUUGCCAAAACGUAGCAGAAACUGUUAUGAACCCGAAACACAAACUGAUUCUUGGUUUUAGAAUGACAACGUUAGUGCAACUUUCUGUGUCAACUGGGAGAUUUAUAUUUUACAAAAAUGAGCAAAUAGAUUAUGUUAUAAAUGGAUGAUCAACGUUCAAAUGAAUCUGCACCUCGGUCAAAAGAAGUUUCUCCUGGGAAUAGUAGUUAUAAAUCGGAAAAUAGUAUUGUUGAAGUAGAUAAUUCCGGUUCCGUAUUAAUGAAAAUUGCUACUUUAUAUGCAGAUCGUUUACUUAAUGAUAUAUCAUUGGUCGUUAAUAAUGUAGAGUACCCAGCUCAUAGAUUGAUUCUAUGUGCCUCUAGUGAUGUUUUUGAAACUAUGCUUCUUAACCCUCAGUGGAGCGAAUCACAAGCAAGUAAAGUCAAAUUACAAGAAACCCCACAGUGUUCUGAAAUAUUUGGAGAAUUUUUGCGAUAUUUUUACACUGGACAAAUUCGUAUAAGUCAUAAUGUAGUCCUAUCAGUCCUUCUGCUAGCUGAUAAAUACAACGUCAAAGAUUUGAUUGAUCUGUGUUUAAAUUUUAUGAGACAGCAUAUUGCUUUAUCCGCUGUAAACGGCAUGUUGGUAAGUUGGCUACAGUAUACUUCAAAUUGUGGACAUUAUGAAGUGGCAAAAAUUUGUAAUAACUUUGUGAAAUGGAAUUUUGAGCUUAUAUCAAAUACAGCAGAUUUUGAAUAUUUUGAAUUAGAUUCAUUGAUCCCACUAUUGCAUCAAAGUAAUAUAGUUAUUAAAGACGAGAUGACUCUGUAUAAAUGUCUUGAAAAAUGGAUCAACUUACAAAUACUCCGAGUGCAAGAAUCUUCAUCAUCAACAAUAUAUGACUCUACAAUUAAUCAAAUUGUUGAAAUGAUCAUUUUAUCUGUUCGGUUUCCUAUGAUGUCACCUAGGCAAUUAGCGGAUCUUUUACUUUCCCCAUUAACACAGAAGUAUAAAGAGUUUUUCAUUGACAGAAUGUCAAUUGCAAUGUCAUUUCACUCUGGGCAAGACAAUCGAGUACAAGAACUUCUCAAAGUAGAUGAUAAAAAUUUGGAAUUAUUUGAGCCACGACUUUAUACGAUUGAUACGUGCAGUUCAUUAUUGACAGUUGAAAAUUUUCAUAACAUGCUGUCCUAUCAGACAAGAACUUUAGUUUUUUCUAGUUAUUCAUAUCUUGCAGAAUGUGUCGGAGAAAAACCUUGUGAAUGGGUUGUAGAUUUAUAUCCAAAAGGAGUAUGGUUUAAAAAAUUUUUUUUAAUUAUUUGGCAAGGAACAGUAGAAAUGCCAGAACAUGUUAUUAGAACAGUUCGAUUAUCAUUGACUUGUAAAGAACCACCAGAAGAUAAAAAUGUUGAUUUACGGGUAAAAAUUGGAAUACUUAUAUAUGGAACCCAAGAUGGCGUUGAACACAUUGCCUGCGUAAAAGAAGUAAUUCAUCGUUUCAAUCAAAAUGAAAGAGUUCUCAAUUUAGAUGAUAUUUUACCUUUUGGAGAAUUAAAUCCUUCUCAAGAUUCGAAAGAUAAAGAUAAAACUUUUUCUAAAUUUUUAGUUGGAAUAAAUAAGGAUGUAUUCAAAUUACAUAUAGUAGUCACACCGCUUAAUCCAUAUAAAUGAAUGAAUAUUUUAUAAGUUGAAUGUUGAUAUCUAAAACCAUUAAUCAAGUGUAUCAAGGAAAUGAUACUUCCUGUAAACAAUUUUUUUUUAGAUUAACAGCAUACAUGUGUUAGUUCUAUCAUUCAUGUUAUUGUUUUUAAAU